AGAAAUGUUGUGCUCGUCCGCUCACUGUGUCCCGAGUUAGUGCUGAAAUAACGGCGAAAUAUCCCGAACACGAAUCAUAGAUUUUUGCAGGUUCGGUAUGUAAAAGUGAAAAACAAACAAAGAAACACUAAAGAGUCUAUAAUUUGUACGUUUUUAAAAGACUGGGAGUCUGUGGGAGCGAUACGGAGGCUGGGCGGCUCGGGGAUAUCAGCUGUUAUUCAGAUCAACAGAGCAUAGAUGAUAAUAACCAGAAUUCACAUCUUUGCUGCUGUAGAUCUGAUUGCUGGAAGACUUCGCAGCAGUUAACCAUGAUGUCGUGCUCGAGAUACUCUCUGUACUGGGAGGAGACGGACUGUUUAAGCUACUAUGAAAUGCUGUCUCUCCAUGAAGUCUUUGAGAUUGUGGGUUCCCAGUUGACCGAGACUGACAUCGAAGUCCUGUCGUUCCUUCUCGACGAAGCUUAUCCUGCCAAGCAUCCGCUCGAUCCAGAAGGCUGGACUGCAGAGGUUUUGCCGGACUCUGAUUCACCUAGAAAUCCUCCUUGCCCGCGCCUUUUGGAGGCUUGGCGCAGGAUACGCCCUAAGGGAGAGCCGGUUCCCUUUGCUGGACGCUGCAUGCCGAAGAGUGGUGUCGCCCUGCUGCUGGAGCUGGAAAGGCGCGGCUUUUUAAAGGAAGGAAAUCUGGAACCUCUGUUGCAGCUACUUCGAAUUCUUACACGGCACGACCUGUUACCGUUCGUCUCCAGCAAGAAAAGAAGAACGGUGUCACCUGAGAGAGAACCUGUAAGCUAUGUGGAAAGUGGAGAGCAUGCACACACUAGUUCACACUCCGGCCUGGCAAACACACAAGCGUCUCCGUGGACAGCAGGUGUUGGCUCAGCUGUCACAGCAUGUGCACCAGCACGAAGAAGAAGGGGAAGAGGGCGUGGGCGUGGCCGAGGCCGAGGCCAGACAAGAAAGGCCAGGGAUACGUCAGAGCUCCUUCCUCAGGCUGCACCCAACAAAGUGACCUGCGACAUCCGGCUGCGCGUUCGGGCCGAGUACUCGGAGCACGAGUCAGCCUUGCGUGCCAGGGUCUCCUCAGAUAAGCAACAGCCUCUGGAGCGCCAGUUUGAGCUGUUCAACCGCGCCAGCCUUUUGCUGCGUGCCCGUGACCUCGGCUCCAUCGUCUGCGACAUCAAGUUCUCUGAGCUGCAAAACCUAGACGCCUUCUGGGCUGACUACCUGAGCGGUGCACUCCUGGAGGCACUUAAGGGUGUCUUCAUCACAGACUCGCUGAAGAGAGCGGCCGGGCAAGAGGGCGUUCGGCUGCUGGUCAGCGUUGACCAGGACGACUAUGAAGAGGGCAGGAAGCUACUGCUCAGCAACCUGACACACAGCACUGCAGGUGUCUCAGUGGACAGGCCCUGAGAAAUGGAAAGGCUUCAUAAAAGGAGCAAGAAGAGAAAGAAGAAAAGACCUCUCGAGUUAAUUUAUCCACAACAGUGCUGGAUAGGCGGUGUAUGAAAUGAGAGUAAAUUAAAAGAGAUUUGAAUUCGAGUACGGCUGAAAGAGAUGCCCACGAUCAGGAACAAAAUUGGGUGUUGAACGUACGUUUGGAAGCUAAUUGAUGGCACACACACCUUUAGCCCACACUUGAGUUGUAGGCAGAAUUCUGUGCAGCUGGUCAUUUGUUCAUUGCAAUGUCUUUGUUUACACAGAUUGAAAGAAAUGAGACCCAGCUGAAUAUUUUAUGUUAAAGGUAGAUGGGUAAUAUGCAAGAAUUUGCCAUGAUAUUGUUCUAGGUGUAUUGACUUUAAACCUCCACAUCAAAGAUAGAAACUGGGCUUAAUGAAGUCAUUUAUUACCAAAGGUAUUGCUUUAAAAGUACCAAGAUCGGUCCUCAAAUUUCACUAUUUGCCACCACAAAUAUCCCUACAUGGGUAGGGUGGGUUUUUUUUGUUUUGUUUUUUUCCCCACCCCUAUAAAAAUUGGUUUAUAUGUGUGUGUGUGUGUUCACUAUAGCAAGAAAUUGAAAAAAUGAACCAAUUAUGGUAAUUAAGGGUAUUUAUGGACCAGAUGCAGUGUAACAUCUGCGUAAUAACCACCAGCAUUCUAGCCCAGGUCCAAAACCGUCUCGGAGAUGCUCGGAGACGAGCCUUUCCCACAGGAAAGGGAAUCCUGUAACAAGUUCAGUCGCACAGAUGCUUCUGACAAGGUGCAGUCUUCUCGAUUUUUGGCACAACCACACUGAGCCUUCAAAGGAUUUCUUUUAUAUAUAUAUAUAUAUAUAUAUAUAUAUAUAUAUAUAUAUAUAUAUAUAUAUAUAUAUAUAUAAAUAAAAAGAACAUAUGGGUUAGUGCAUCCGUUACCUUUGUAUCAUUGGAAGAAAAUGUCAAUAUAAAAAAAGAAGGUAGAUGUGGCUAGCGAUUUGUCUAUACUCUUAUGUCUGGUGGUUCAAAAGUGUUUCUUUGUGUCCUUUUUCCUUCUGUUCUUUUUCCUUCUGUUCCUGUUUAACGUUUUAAUUUAACGAACGCAUGUAUAGACGUUUAUAUUUCAAUUUCGGAUUUCAUUCUGAAUAAAAUAAUACCACAGGCGA